AUGGGUGACUCCCGCGGGAGGACCGCGCGACCGCUCGUCCUGCUGCUGGUGCUUGUUGUUUGUGGCAGGAUGGGUGGUUCCGUCGCUGCCACAACCUCCGGUGAGCCGUACGUUACGUCCCCGACCAUCCCUGCAGCGGUACAAAAAGCUACUGCGCAGGAGCUGACGGUGAAAAUCUACGGCAGUGAUAAAGCCACCAAACCGACACCGACGGCAAUCCCGGAGUCGGAGCUUUCCACGCAGCUCGAUGCGUUACAGCGCAGCAACGGAGCUCAUUUAAAUGGUACGACUGUCACAACAUCGGUGGCCUCCACAGAGGGGACCUCGACCACAACAACAACUACAGCGACGACGACCACGACGACAACGACGGUGGUUCCGUCCACAACAAUAACCAAGCGAAGGAUGACUAAUCGCGACAAUAAACUGAUGUCGGUUUUGCAAGCCCGCCGUACGGCACUGUCCCGGGACCGAUGGCGCAAGGAGUACAUCCACCAUCCUCCAUCAUCUUCCUCGCUAAAGGCCCGACAACAGGCGAGCGUCGCGGGUAACCUGGUCGAAGAUAGCAGCACACCGGAAUCGAACCUUAUCGUACCGGUCAGCUCAUCGUCCUCCUCCGUUCGAGUCGCGGCUGUUGAUGAGUUUCUCGACACUGAUGAAUCCAUCCAUGGCAUGUAUGUGGUGAACCCGCGCACGGGCAAGAUCGCACUACAGCAAACAGGUUCGAGCAUUAAGCUAGCCAAAGAAACGAACAACUUCAUCGGGGCCGUACCAGCGGCCGGUAAUAAAUCGCUCGAAAUUACCAAACUCAUCUCAACGAAAGGGGCCACCAUCACUAUUGCACCGAUAACUUCCACAAUCCCGACGACACUUCACGCCGGGCGAAGUCUAUACAUGGAGACGCGCGGUAAACGGCUGCGCGACCGUAAGACCUUUCCUCAACUAUCGACCGAACGGUCGGUGGAAGAAAGUGAUCUCAUCCCGUAUCAAUACUUCGGACAGAAGCUACUACCCGCCCAUCACAAAGGAUUGGAUGCACGAAAUCAAGUUAUCAACAGUCGGCGGACACAUCUGAACAAGCUGAAAGACCCUGAAACACUGAGUGAAAUGAACGAUGCCAACCUUCCCAAAUCGUCGACAGAGAAGAGCAAGUUCUGGUCAAACCGCUAUCAAUCACGCAACGUAGUCGCACUCAAUAACUAUCUACGACGAGGUGGUUCGGUACCGAUCACGACUACGACAACAACCACGACAACUACCCCGAACCCAUCGACUACGUCUUACAGCCCACAAGAAGCUGCACCGGUACACUCGGAUGCUCUAACCAACUCCAUGAUUGCGCUCAGUAAUCUUUCCGAGGGAAAUGAAGAGGACGAGAAGCAGGUGUUUUCUCGUAGUGCAAACUUUACCACACCUAAAAGAACUGACACUGGAUCGCGGUCUGGAGAAAUUGAUCCAAAUUAUUACUUACUAUCGACUUCGAACCCAAAAUCCGAGCCAAUGGAUCAUGGAGUACCGUCUCCGAGCACUGCCACCGAACUUCCUAACAAGUCUUUAGUGGACGAGUAUGCCGGUCCAGCUGGAUUGUACGGUUCAGGGUUGAGUUCCGGUAUUUCAAAGCUUAUCAUCAACUAUCCGGAUGAUGCAACUCCUGAAGACUUUUAUCGGCCGCUGAACACCUUCGAAACGCACGCACAGAUUGUUAAUCUUCAGGAGGCGACCGAAGAUCCCGUACCGUCGACUUCCAUCCCCACCAUCGAUGAGGACUAUGACACACCGAGGAAUCUUGUGUCGCUGCCGGAUAUCAAUCAGAUAUUUCGCAACCUUUCCACACCCACCACAACGGAGAUGACGACCACAAGCACGACACAAACAACGGCCACUAGUACGACAGCGGCAGCUCCAGCAAGAUCACGUCUCAAUACACGUGUGUAUGUUCCUGUAAGUCGAUCAACAACGAUACGGACGAGUACUACGCCACGCACAACAACCACUACUACUACAUCUACUACUACUACUACGACUACUACCUCGACAACUACCACAGAGCAACCAAUGGAGGAAGAGACCGAACCACCCACGACGGUGUUGAUUCUUACUUCGAACCCCACAACAACGGAAAGUGCGAUCCCUUCAACGUCCUCUACAACAACUACCUCCACAGAAGCUCCGGCAACUUCCAUUGUACCUUCAGCAACUCCUUCUGUCCCAGCAAGGACAACCACCUCCAGACACUUCAGGCCAUCGGCUCCACCUACAGUGGCUUCCCCACCGAAGCCGACCAGACCCACCACUAACCCACCGGAACACAGGACGGUCGCAAUCUUCACCGGGCUCCGACCAAACCCACCAGAUCCAACGCCCAUCAAUGGUACCGAUGCGGAACCUGGAUUCAAUCCAAUCCUUUCACACAUCUUCCCCAAGUUGGCUGGCCCCAUACUAUCCACUCGCUCUCCAGCCAAUCUCGACUAUUCGCUCACAUUCACCUCACCGCCACCGGUCGAUCAUAGUUCCGGCACGAAGAAACCAGCCGUCUCGUUCGAUGGCGUGCUUCUCCAUCACAAUAGUGACGUCGUGAUCGAGAUGCGGAAGAUGAACACGGCCACUUUUGUGCUGGCCGGGCUUGGCAUGCUUCCGAUCGUCAUCAUCGUACUGUACGUCAUCAAGGCAACGGUUUUCAACCGGGAGAAUAAGGUAUCGCACGACCUGGAGCGCUAUAUCCCGGACGGUCAGCCACCGAUCAGUCCGGUAGUAAGAUUGGAACAAUCGGACACUUCCAGCGCGACGGAUGAGUCCAUCAUGACCGAGCACGAUUUUAAUCGAGGCAAUCUACGCUUCAAAAGCCUGCUCGGGGAAGGAAACUUCGGACAGGUUUGGAAAGCGGAAGCGGACGAUCUGGCGGGACAUCUCGGCACAACUCGCAUCGUGGCCGUAAAGACGGAACGAAGCGAUAAUGGGCACGGCGAUCUGAAGGCAGAGGCCGAGAUUAUGCGCAAGCUCGGAUCACACCCGAAUGUGGUGACUUUGUUGGGAGCUUGUCUGGAACAAGAUCCUCAACUGCUGAUCAUGGAGUAUGCGAUGCGAGGACGAUUAUUAUCACUAUUACGAGCUGCUCGGGGAGCUGUCAACGGAUUGGCGCCGUCCGUGCACAACAAUCGACCACCGAUCAUGCCACUGUCCCCACGACGACUGACCGGAUUCGCCCAUGAUAUUGCCCGCGGCAUGGAGUACAUUUCGGAGAAAAAGAUCGUACAUCGUGAUCUUGCCGCGCGCAAUGUACUGCUAGACCACAACGGUAUCUGCAAGAUCUGCGACUUCGGUAUGUCGGUCGAUCUGGAGAAGGUGAAAUCGUCGCACGCCCAGAUCCGAAUGCCACGGAACCAUCACCAGAGUGAGUCGAGGUUUAAGUUCGACCUGAGUGCGCGAUCGUUCGGCAUCGGUAGGCAUCAUAACCAUGGGCACGAUCACAGCGGCACUCACGGCCGGCACGGUGGCGGUGGUGGAAGUGGCGGUGGUCACAGCAAUAGUCACGGGCAUGAUACGAAGAGUCGUCCGGCAUUGCCGAUACGCUGGAUGGCACCGGAAGCGUUACAGUAUCACAUAUUUUCCCGCGAAACCGACGUCUGGGCGUUCGGCAUUGUACUGUGGGAGAUUGCCACAUUAGGUUGUACUCCCUAUCCGAAUCUUUCGGGGCGAGAAGUUGUCCGAAGUGUCCCGAACGGUGCUCGCCCGGAGGUACCGGCCGAUUGUCGACCGGAGCUGUACGAUCUGAUGCAGCGAACCUGGCGAAAGGAUCCACGGCAAAGGCCCACCUUUACCGAGGCACGCACCUGUCUCGCGAGGACCCUUUGUCAAUGGCAGCUGGAGGACAACGAUACCUCAAAUACGUCCGAGUACCUAGACGUGAGCGGGUUCAGUGAAGAUCUUGAACAGGGCAUGGUUUACUUCAACCGACGAAUAUCCGAAUUUGAGUGUGAAAUCUAA